CCCCUGCGCAGGUUCGAGAAGGGCCGGAUAUACACGUUCAUUGGGGAAGUCGUGGUCUCCAUGAACCCCUACAAGAACUUGAACAUCUACGGGCGCGACAUGAUCGAGCAGUACAAGGGCAGGGAGCUGUACGAGAGGCCGCCGCACCUCUUCGCGAUCGCCGAUGCCGCUUACAAAGCCAUGAAGAGGCGAUCCAAAGACACCUGCAUUGUCAUAUCGGGUGAAAGUGGAGCUGGGAAAACUGAGGCCAGUAAAUAUAUUAUGCAGUACAUAGCAGCCAUUACCAACCCUGGUCAGAGAGCGGAGGUGGAAAGGGUGAAGAACAUACUGCUGAAAUCCAACUGUGUGUUAGAAGCCUUUGGCAAUGCCAAGACAAACCGUAAUGACAACUCCAGCAGGUUUGGAAAAUACAUGGAUAUCAACUUUGACUUUAAAGGAGACCCCAUAGGUGGGCACAUCAAUAAUUACUUGCUAGAAAAGUCUCGCGUGAUCGUGCAGCAGCCAGGGGAACGAAGCUUUCAUUCCUUCUACCAGCUGUUGCAGGGGGGUUCUGACCAGAUGCUGCGCUCUCUACAUCUUCAGAAGGACGCGUCUGCGUACAACUAUAUCCGCGCCGGAGCCCAGCUAAAGUGUUCCAACAAYGACGGUGCAGAGUUCAAAGCAGUCGCUGAUGCCAUGAAAGUGAUCGGCUUCAAGCAAGAGGAGAUUCAGACCGUCUACAAAAUCGUGGCCGCCAUUCUUCACUUGGGCAACUUGAAGUUUUCUGUGGAUGGCGACAYGCCUCUCAUCGAAAAUGGCAAGGUCGUGUCGGCCAUCGCGGAGCUGCUGUCAACCAAGGCUGAGCUGGUGGAGAAGGCCCUCCUGUUCCGCACCGUGGCCACGGGGCGCGACGUCAUUGACAAGCAGCACACCGAGCAGGAGGCCACCUAUGGCAGAGACGCCUUUGCAAAAGCCAUCUAUGAGCGCCUCUUCUGCUGGAUCGUGACACACAUCAACGGCGUGAUCGAAGUGAAGAACUACGACACCGCCGUGCACGGCAAGAACACCGUCAUCGGCGUCCUGGAUAUCUAUGGCUUUGAAAUAUUUGACAAUAACAGUUUUGAGCAGUUCUGCAUUAACUACUGCAAUGAAAAGCUACAGCAGCUCUUCAUUCAGCUGGUUCUAAAGCAGGAGCAGGAGGAGUACCAGCGCGAGGGAAUUCCCUGGAAGCAUAUCGAUUACUUCAACAACCAGAUCAUCGUCGACCUGGUGGAGCAGCAGCACAAAGGCAUCAUUGCCAUUCUGGACGAYGCGUGCAUGAACGUCGGGAAGGUGACGGAUGAGAUGUUCCUCGAGGCUCUCAAUAACAAGCUGGGCAAGCACGCUCACUUCUCCAGCAGAAAGCUGUGUGCCACUGACAAAAUCCUGGAGUUUGAUAGAGACUUUCGAAUCAAGCACUACGCUGGAGAUGUGAUUUACUCAGUCACUGGAUUUAUUGACAAAAACAAGGACACUUUAUUUCAGGACUUCAAGCGCCUCAUGUACAACAGCUCUAAUCCCGUGUUGAAGAUGAUGUGGCCCGAAGGUAAACUGAGCAUCACUGAGGUGACCAAGCGACCGUUGACAGCUGCCACCCUCUUUAAGAACUCCAUGAUCGCACUAGUGGACAACUUGGCAUCCAAGGAACCCUAUUACGUCCGUUGCAUUAAGCCCAACGAUAAGAAGUCUCCACAGCUCUUUGACGAGGAGCGUUGCAGGCAUCAGGUCGAGUACCUUGGUCUUCUGGAGAACGUGAGAGUCCGUCGYGCAGGAUUUGCCUACCGCCAAACGUACGAGAAGUUCCUUCACAGGUACAAGAUGAUCUCGGAAUUCACUUGGCCAAACCACGACCUCCCGUCAGACAAAGAUGCCGUGAAGAAGCUCAUAGAGUGCUGCGGGUUUCAGCACGACGUCGCCUAUGGGAAGACCAAGAUCUUCAUCCGCACGCCGCGGACACUCUUCACCCUGGAGGAACUGCAUGCCAAGAUGCUGGUGAGGAUCGUCCUCUUCCUCCAGAAGGUGUGGAGGGGGACKCUGGCCCGCCUGCGCUACAGGAGGACGCGGGCUGCCCUCACCAUACUCAAGUAUUACCGCCGCUACAAAGUGAAGUCCUACAUUCAUGAAGUUGCCCACCGCUUUCAAAAYGUGAGGUCAAUGAAGGAUUACGGCAAGCACGUGCAGUGGCCCACCCCACCCAAAGUGCUGCGGCGAUUUGAAGAGGCCCUUCAGACAAUUUACCACAGAUGGAGGGCCAGUGAACUCAUCCGGAGCAUCCCACCGAAAGACCUACCUCAGCUGAGGGCAAAGGUCGCUGCCAUGGAAGUGCUGAAGGGCCACAGGGCCGAUAUUGGCCUGCAGAGAGCGUGGGAGGGCAACUACAUCGCGCUGAGGCCGGAUAACCCUCAGAACACGGGCUCUUUCACUCCUGUCGCCAACGAGCUGAAGCGGAAGGACAAGUACAUGAACGUCCUCUUCUCGUGUCACGUCCGCAAGGUGAAUCGCUUUAAUAAGGUGGAGGACAGAGCGAUCUUCAUUACUGAUCGGCACCUCUAUAAGAUGGACCCUGUGAAGCAGUACAAGGUGAUGAAGACCAUCCCGCUCUAUAAUUUGAUAGGAUUGAGUGUCUCCAAUGGGAAGGACCAGCUCGURGUCUUCCACACCAAGGACAACAAAGAUCUCAUCGUCUGUCUCCUCAGCAAGCAGCCCCCUAAUGACAGCAGGAUUGGUGAGCUGGUGGGGGUCCUGGCAAGCCACUUCAAGAGCGAGAGGCGCUCGCUGCCCGUCGCCGUCACCAACCCGGUGCAGUGCAGCCUGCACGGGCGCAAGUGCACGGUCGCCGUGGAGACGCGCGGGGAGCAGGCGCAGCCGCACUUCAGCCGCCAGCGCUCCGGCUUCGUCCUCUGCGUGCCGGGCAACUAG